AAUAAACAUCAUUACUACAAUGAAUGAAAACAAGUCUCCCGCAACGAAACACCAAGACAGCACGCCUGUUUCUGAGAGCAAUGAUUAUUGCUCCGUCGCUGCAGAGCAUUCUCAGGAGGUGCCUGUAAACUUUGGUCUACUCUCUCUCACAGGUCUAGGCAUUGUCAUUGGAGUUGUUUGGCCUGCUUCUGGUGGUUCAAUCCAAGUUGCAAUAUUCAAUGGUGGAUCUCCAGGUGUUCUAUACGAGUUCAUCGUCGUGUCCUUGUUCUACUUUUUCGUCGCUGCAUCCCUCGCCGAGCUUGCCAGUGCCAUGCCCUCCAGCGCAGGCGUAUACUACUGGGCCUCUGUAACCCCCGGGAGACGAGCUGGUCGGGUCAUUGGCUUUUUUGCCGGCUGGUGGAACUACCUAGCCUGGAUCUGCGGUGCUGCAAGUAUGGCCGCGAUAUGGAGCAACAGCAUCCUCCAGAUCUAUGCGUUGAAACAUCCCGACUACACUGUGAAGGAGGUUCACGUCUUUGUGGUAUAUGUGCUUACCACAUGGCUCGCCUGCUUCUCAGUCUGUUUCGCUGGCCGGGCAAUGCCUCUUCUCAACCAAUUCGGCAUCUAUUGGCUCCUGAUCGGCCUCGUAAUCACCAUCGCGGUUCUUGCAGCUGUACCUACCCGAAGCGGUGGAAGCGGUCAUGCAACGUCGUCUUUUGUAUGGCUUGAGUGGCAAGCAGACCUCGGAUACCCUAAUAUCAUCGUAUUCCUCGGCGGCAUGCUAAAUGGUGCUUACAGUGUUGGUUGCCCAGCAGCUGUAAGUCAUCUGGCUGAGGAAAUACCGCGCCCGGAGAGAAAUGUGCCUGUUGCCAUAGGCCUUCAGGUUCUCACGGGCUUCAUCACGGGCUUCUCGUAUCUGAUUGCUCUUAUGUAUUCCAUUCACAGCUACGACAGGGUCUUCGCGAGCCAAUUCCCGCUUGCCGAGGUUUACCUUCAAGCUACUGGAUCAGCCGAUGGGACGAUCUGCCUUCUCAUUCUUAUGCAGAUAUGCAUCGGGCUGAGCAUCAUCGGUCUUUACAUCACGAGUGGACGAACCUUGUGGGCGUUGAGCCGGGACGGAGCAGUACCAUGGCCAUCGGUCUUUUCAAACUUCAGCUUCAAGUUCGACGCACCCAUCAAUGCAACUAUGGCCUCGGCGCUACUCGCCACCUUGGUCGGAUGCAUUUAUGUGGGAAGCAAAACUGCGUUUAACGCGAUUAUUGGUUCUUUUGUACUUAUGUCUUCAUCGGCAUACAUCGCAGCGAUCCUACCUCACCUUCUUGCGGGGCGAAGAAAUGUCGUAUAUGGACCGAUACAACUGGGUAAGAAGCUGGGUUUCGUGGUUAAUGCGAUCGCAAGCACCUAUAUGGUAAUCGCUUUUGUUAUCUACUGCUUGCCAUUUUCGUUGCCCGUAGAUGCUCAGAAUAUGAACUAUGCCUGUCUAGUUUGGGGUGGCUCGACCUUGCUGCUCGGAAUCUACUGGUUGUGGAAGGGGAGACACGGGUAUACAGGACCUAUUAGGGAGAUAAAUAACUAAUAUUGAGGUGUGAGGGUACUGAAAGUAAAACACAUAAUAGCAAAUUCUUGUUUAAAGUUAGAUCUUGGAUCACCCGAUUGACAAAGGUGUACAAUUUGAAGGCACUCUUAUACAACCCAUGUCGAUUGGGUUUUGGUCAUGACAGGAUGAGAUCUGUGACCCAAAAGGCCUGUGGAACUUCUCUGUGACUGGC